CAGCAACGUUCCCGUCUGCUUCUGAUUCGCUUCCCCUGGUGCAGGCACGGACUACAGUAAGUAGAAGUGCUUCAUACUUGAUAGUUCUUUACGUUUCUUCUAUAUUCAGAAGCAAAACAAAAUGAGGAACAGGCCUUCCACGGCGUUGGCGUGCUUGCUCGCGCCGUGUUUUGCGGCAGCAGAGCGAUUUUGGUUGCACCGAGUGGAACGGUUGCCGGAACCCAGAACGUUCGAAAUUGUGCACUAUCACACGGUAAGAUUGUCGUGAUUGUUGCACUUCCUGCAGCGUCAGAGUGAAAUCGUUGGCUGCACUGAUGCUUAACAUCUUAGAUAUCUCGGAAGAUAAUGAAAUAGAAGUAAGAAAUAAGUUGAUGCACAACUUGCCGUUCGUAAGGAAAUUCAUCAACACACGAUAAUUAUGCAGGUGGAAGCCGGCGCAGAAGUUUCGUUGCAAGGUCCAAUCGCAUUAGAGGGAAUAAGGGAAAAGCUUGACUAUCAGACCACAACACUUUUCAUCUCGUCGGCGUUUCAUGGUGUCUCCGACACUGUAGCUCUAGCAAGACAAGCGACUCUUGAUUCUGCAGAAGAACUGUUUGCUUUUUGGUUCUUGUGAUGACGCACGAUGAAUUGGAUUAUGAUUGAAUCAAAUAAUAAGUCUGCUGCUGAAGAGAUCUCGACCGCCGUACUAUGAGUCGCAGAAUGUUGUGCUUGGAUAGCAGCACUAAGAUUCAACUGCACCUCCUACACUCUUCCUUGAUGGGACAUAUUUCAGCCGACCACUUCUCUAUGAAAGAAAAAAAGUUGUAGAAGUAGACAACGUGAUUUGAUGUAAAGUUGGUUUUGGAAGGCCACCAUGACGUGCUCGUGCCGGCGCCCGUGCUACUUGACCCAGACUGCAUUGCUGGACGAGUACGCGAGAGACAAGAAUACAAAGAACCAAGGCCGCUUUGCGGCUUUUGCGCUUUUGCUUCCACUUUAGCUGUACUUGUAAGUACCCCGUUAACGGCCUUCUAGACGUACAACUUGAGCCGAUAUUUAGUUAGUUCACAACUUUUUUAUUUUUUCUUUCAUUUUCCGUUGCUCAAAGCAGGACGUCGCGGAGAAAAAGUACGAUGAAACUUUUUUUUUGUUUUGUCAGCGGAUGAACACAAACAACGCCUGAUGUUUGUUGAAUGCAAAUCCGCGAGACCGACAGCAGGUGCAGGACCACAGCUACGCUCGCACACGAUGAUCGGGAGGAACAGAAACAUCUCCACGCAAAUACGAACAAAAAAAUCAGGUGCGCCACCGAGGGAACCCUGAUGCUGACAGACGGACCGGAUGCGUUAACGUUAGACGCAAAAAGCUUCUCGCCGUCCCGAAUGGACCAGUACGCGCCAUGGAAAGUGAAGACGACGGGCCUGUAUUUCCUGGCCAUCAGUAACUGCGGCGAGACAGACUUCAGCUCCGGAAAGUUUACGUCAGGUACGUAAAAAAGCGUAUGCUCAUAGUUCUUGACGGAGGAAGUGAGUGUCGCUCAAGGAGAUCAUUAGAGCACCGCUUGGAACGUAAAUAGAAGUUGUUGUAAUUUGAAUUUCGCUCGACCACGAUGAAGAUUCUAGUCAUACAACACUUCUUGCAUCAAUUCUGCUCAACUACAGGUGAGAUAUCAGUUAUGACCAAGGCUGGGUAUCUGCCAGCAGAAGAAAAGCCGAUAUGAAGACCGAAAACCCAUCGAGAAAUAAUAGAGGUCGCAUCAGUUUCAAAUCAUGAUCGACUGUUCACGCUCGUCAUUUUCGUGACACACUUCACGCAUCGAAAAGCAAAAGAUGCUUCUUUUCUGUCGUACCCAAUGAAGCGAAACUGAUGCCGAGGAAAUAAAUUUUCUCCCUUUAUUUCGUUUCCAUACCAAAAGAUGGCCUUUUACAUGUAUCUGGCACUGGGUUACGUGGGGUUGCUUUGCUGCUGGGCCGCUUACUGUUGGGCGUGGACAGAUGUGCUGUUUUUAAUCCAUCACUUCAUUUCCUGCGCGCUCAUCUGCGGUGCCUUAGAGGUACUUAAAAAAAUGACUGCAGUAGAAUCUUUGUUUAUUUUCACCACAGGCGCGGCGUUAUAUGCAUAUAGGCUGUAUGCAGCUACGACGAAUGAACAUAAAAGCAAUGCAUUUACGAGCAGAUGAAAAUCACGCAAUCACACUCACCCCAGGCGACCUGUUGGUUUACGUCGCUUGCUCAUUGGAACUGGACCGGACAUCGGUGGUGGUCAAUGAUCGCGCUGGCAACUUUGGUAUUCUGUGCAAAAGUAUCGUAGUCGUAGUAAUCGCAAUCAUGAAUUACAAAUCUCCAUCCCAAGGUAAAACAGCAUGACAAAUUUCAUUUGGCAUGCUGAGUGAUGCGAUUCAUACUAGUACGAUGCUUUUGCAAUGCAUAUUUGGGCACGACGAUUAAGCAGGGAGUCUGCUACGCACUGCUCUUGCUGGCCUGUUUGGGCGUAGGAGUGACACAACCGAAACCAUCGACAAAAACAGUACUUGACUAAUUUUAAGUCCAGCAUGAAGAACAACAACAACAAGGGAACACCAAUUAUGAUUUAUCUUCACAGAGUAAUUAUAAUAUAUCCGUCUCGCACCGCGAAUUGUAAACAGUAGGCUGGACCUCGUUCUUUCGGGAAAGGGAAUUUAGCUUCGGCUUGAACUUGUUCUUGUUCUAUCCGCAACUCCGUCACAACAGUUGAUGCAGAUUUUCGCACUCACCGUGGCCUUUGUGGUAACUGACACGUACCGGCAGUUCGCGAUGGCGGAGCGCAGCACCGUCGGGUCGGACAUGACCACUUUCUCCACCGUGCUCGUCGUCGCACCUGGUUCGUUCUUCGUGUCCUGUCUCUACGUCUGGAUCCUCCAAGCCCUCCAAGAGACCAUUUCCGAGCUGAACUCCACAAAACAAAUCGUGAAGGCGGAACUCUACCGGUACCUGCGGCUCGCACUCGGGAGUGUUUGCGCGGUGGUCAUCGCGUUGGUCGCGUACGAAACGGCGGUGGUCAGGCAGACAGAUUUGUCCCAGAACUGGGACAGCAGGUGGAUCUUCACCGACGCGGCCUCGCACUGCAUGUUCUUCUUUCUCAGCAUGGUGUUGAUGUACCUGUGGCGCCCGAACGAAACCUCGCAGCAAAUCGCGUACUCGCAGCAAAUCGGGGACGACGACGGGAUUGAGUUGGGCAACCGAAUGGACAUGGACUUGGACGAAGAAGAGGGGGUUUCCACUUUGGAAUAAGAUAAUUCAAAUUUUUUUUGCAGCUGCCAGGACGAGCUGAACAAAGACAGUCACGACAGUCUUUUUUUUCCCAUUCGCAGUCAGUUCCGCAAAUUUCGUUACCUUCAGGAAUUACUUUACACAACAGUACGGUGGCAGGUUUUCACUUUCCGUCCACGCAAAGCCAUCCGGGCGCGCGCGUUAUUUUCUUCCUAAGGAAGUCUAUUUCAUCGGACUCCUCACCCUGACCCUGAUGAGGUGGAGUUUUCCGAGAUCGUGAGAGCCGCAGUCAUCAAUGCACAUGUAUACGUAGCGCUUCUGCUCUACUUCUGUAAGUAUUGUAAAUUGGGGUUGGGCACCACCAGCAAUGUGCGGUCUAGUUCUUCGCGCGGCUAGUAAACAGAAACAGAAAGAAGUACCUCCACACGACUACUAUGAAUGUGGCCACUCAUUAUAUAAUCCCAAAAACAUCAAGACGCCACGACUGGCUGGUCUUUUUUUCAAGUCUGUAGGGUAAAAAAGAAACGAGGCUUCAGCUUCGUUAGUAUCAAAAGAUCUGUCGUGCAAACAAACGAUGAAGUAAUGUAAUUUCUUCAACGGCUUCUAGAAAAUGGUGAUGGUGGAAUGCUUGCGUAAAUAGAAAUACC